AUGACGAGCAGUAUUACUGCCAGUUUUGAACCAGCAAAAAACAGGUUAGUUUUCCUCCUUAAUGAGAUAAAUUCCCUUGUAUUUGAAUCCCCGGAUCCGAACUUAUCAUACGAGCAAAGAGAAAACCUUUAUACGGCAAGGAUCCAAGUACUGGCAGAUAAGAUUGAUAAAAUUCAAUUAUGUAUUAAAUCACUUAAAGAGGCCUACGAGAUGUGGCUCUCAUAUAUUCAAACAAUUACCACAAAAAAGAGGGAAGAAGAGAAAGUUUUCGAAUCAAUCCUAGAAGGGGGACAAGGACUGUUUCGAGUAAUACAUGAGGGGCAAGAAGCAAUAAUAACCCUCACAAGGCACAAGAAUGAAACCGAGCAAAAAUUAGAAGGAAUUUUAAAG